AUGGAGGCCAACGCAGAAACCCUCUUUGACUAUCUCGGCAAGCGUUACGAGGAUGCAUUUGCUGAUAGCCCUGAUCUCCAUGAAUUUCUAGAGCUUGCAAUCAGGAGGCUCCCAAGCCAGAGCAAAGUUCUUGAUGUUGGCUGCGGGACCGGUAGACCUGUCGCGGAUACACUUGUUUCUGCUGGCCAUGAAGUCUGUGGAAUCGACGUCUCCCAGGAAAUGAUCAAUAUCGCUUCUGCUCAGGUAGCCGGCAAAUUCAUGAAGGCAGAUAUGAGGACAUAUAACCCCGAUUGUCUCUUCGACGGCGUCUUUGUGAUACUAUCUCUGUUCCAGAUCACUCCGGGCGAAACAUAUUCGAUGUGUUUCAGAUUCUCCGAAUGGCUUAAGCCCGGUGGAUACGUGGUUAUCGGGGUAACACCUAGCACAAGCUUGCCGGCCGGCCAAUACACCAUUGAUCCAACUUGGGAUUGUGCUCGACAGAUGGGGAAACCAUGGAUGGAUAUGUAUACCAACGAGACGUUCUUUUCUGAAGACGGAUGGAGGAAAAUGCUCCAAUGUGCCGGUUUUGAGGUCGAAUCAGAAGUCCGCUAUUCUUUCACACCGAAUGAUCCGGAUCACAAAUGCCCUGAGAUUCACUAUCUCCUAUUGGCAAAAAAGGUGGAAAGCCAACCCCUCUUGGGCCCGUACCCAACAAUAAAUGAAGGGCAACUUCCUGCGCCUAUUCGUUGUCACUCCACAGACCGCCUUGUGAGCGAAGAUUUGGAUGCUCUCCUUGGGCGUCUCAAAGAAGAGGAAGUCCUUUGUCUGGGAUGCAGCAACAAAGGUUUGAGUUUCUUGGCAGUAGUUCUCUUUCUCGCAUCGGACACUAACAAGCCAAUACUAGUAGUAGACGGUGCCCCUAACAUGCCAAACAUGCAUAUAUUUGAUGGCCCUGUUGAGAGCUUGCCAUUCCCAUCUGGAAAAUUCGACGCCGUUCUGGCAUUGUGGACGCUCGAGUCCGCUGUCAACAUGGAAGUAGCGCUGGGGAGAUGGCGCGCGUGGCAAAGCGCUCUCCUUCUUCUCGGAUCCUCAUCAUUCAGGGAGCACCAGACAAUGAAUUCGUUCAGUUUCUCAACACCACUCCUGCACUGCCCAAAGUCAGCCAUCAAGGUCUUCUCCUUCAUUCUGCCAGCAGAUACUUGGCGGAUCAGGGGUUUGGUAACACCUCUUUGCAGCGGAUACGGGCACACUAUAUGUUCCCGGAAAAAGAUAUCUUGGAAAGAUGCAAAGUAG